CUCCCGGAGCUGGAAGGAGGAAAUCGGUGGCUGGCCUGGGCCGAGCCCGGCCCGCCCGCUCCGUCCCCCCCCGGUGCCCCCCGGAGCCCCCCGGUGCCAUGGCCAAAGCCUACGACCACCUGUUCAAGCUGCUGCUGAUCGGAGACUCCGGGGUGGGCAAGACGUGUCUCAUCAUCCGCUUCGCCGAGGACAACUUCUCCGGAACUUACAUCUCCACCAUCGGCAUCGACUUCAAGAUCCGCACCGUGGUCGUCGAGGGGAAGAAGAUCAAACUGCAAGUCUGGGACACGGCCGGGCAGGAGCGAUUCAAAACCAUCACGACGGCUUAUUACCGCGGGGCUAUGGGCAUCAUCCUGGUGUACGACAUCACCGACGAGAAGUCCUUCGAAAACAUCCAGAAUUGGAUGAAGACCAUCAAGGAGAACGCCUCGGCCGGGGUGGAGCGGCUGCUCCUGGGGAACAAGUGUGACAUGGAGGCCAAGAGGAAGGUGCAGCAGGAACGGGCCCAGAAGCUGGCCCAGGAGUACGGGGUCCGGUUCUUCGAGACCAGCGCCAAAUCCAGCCUCAACGUGGACGAGGCCUUCAACUCCCUGGCCCGAGACAUCCUGCUGAAGACCACUCGGAAAUCCGGCCUCGGCUCGGGGGGACAACCCGUCGACCCGCCCAACGGCCAGAAGAAAAGCAGCGGCAAGUGCAGCCUCGGCUAGGGACCGGACCCCCGCCCCUCCGUCCGUUCCCUCCGCCUGCUGCCCCUCUGUCCGGCCGGCCGACCCCCCGCCGCUCCUCUGUCCGUCCUUCCCCCCGCCCAGCCCUGCCCAACCUCAGCGGAGCCAAGGGGGAGUCCGGGUCGGUGGGGAGUCGGGAGGGAGAGGAAGGGAAGGCGGGA